UGAAAAUAUUAUGAAGAAAUAUAUUUUACUUCUUACAACGCUUGUUAUAUUAAACCUUAUGUUAAUAAAUGUUGUCACUAUGAAACAAAAAGAUCCUUCGUACAAAAAUAAUACAAAGGAAGGAAAUGGGAAAGUGAGAAUGAAAUUAAUGCAAAACAAUGUUAAGUCUAAAAGAGGAUUAAAGAGCAUAAUACAACCAAGCAAUGACUUUGUUGGCAGCAAGCUGAGUUUUGAAAUUACACCCCAAAAUAUUUUACAUCAAAUUAUGCAGAAUUGCACAGAUACAAGAUACAAAGUUCCAAAUGUGGUUCAUUAUAUUUGGUUUGGUUGUAAAAGAGAAUUUAAUUUCUACCACUACCUAAGUAUUAUGAGCGUGCUACACAACAUGCGACCGUGUGCUGUGGUCGUUCAUGCAGAUUGUGAACCAAACAAUUAUUGGUGGAACGAAUUGAUUUCCAAAAGAUUUGAUAAUUUUUAUCUUGUGCAUCAAGAAGCACCAAAUAAGAUAUUCAACCACACUAUAUCGAGGGUUGAACACAAAUCUGAUGUUGUUAGAUUGGAGAUACUUAUUAGAUGGGGAGGGAUUUAUUUCGAUGACACGGUGUUGGCCAUAAAGUCAUUUAAUCAAUUAAGAAACUAUUCCGUGGUUUUCCCAUUUCAGGAAAAGGGAAUUUUAAACAAUGGUGUGAUAAUUAGUGAAAAAAAUUCCACUUUUUUACAAACGUUAUACCACGAAAGUUACACACAUUACAAGAAGUCAGCGUGGGCAUACAACUCGUGUAGAUAUCCAUGGAUGUUAUGGAAAAAACACCCUCAACUCGAUUUACAUGUUGAAAUGAAAUCAUUCCAGCCACCAUGGAAUAAAUGGAGAGAGGUGUUUUAUGGGAACUAUGAAUGGAAGGAUAAGUAUGCCAUACAUUUGUACACAAAACAAAUUAAAAGAAAAAUUAACUAUCCUGAAGCGAUAUUUACAAUGAAUUCAACGUUUGGUGAAAUCUCAAGAUUAACACUUUAUCAAAAUACAUGAUGAAAAUCAAAGUUUUAUUUCUUACACUUUUAACAACCAAAACUAAUUGCGUUGUGCAAACUGAAUAAUUAACUUUGUUAUUACAAUGCCUUUGACAAGAGAUCUUUAAAAUAAUAUAUGAUCGCAAAACA